UUAAAGGAUACUAUGGCACCCUACGUCAACUCGGUCGUAUUGCCGAUGAAUACGACAUUGCAGCAGGUGUGGCGAGUAAUGCAUGGGGUUUUCAUGUCGUGGAAGACCGUGAGACGGCCGUCGCGGCAUUGGAGCUGCUUCGCAAGAAUAACAUUGGUCGCGCCACAAUGAUGGUGUUAAAAGAGAUUGAACGCGAAGUGGGGGAUCGCAUGAAUGCACCUUUCACGUCCCCGAGCCCAAAGGCCACACGUCUGUUUGACCACAUUGUGCCAACAAAUGCGCGCUUUCGUGUAGCGUUCUACCAGGCUGUGCGAGACACUCUUCUUGUGCGGGAUCUUAGUGAGGCACGGGAGGUGGCGUUUGGUGGUCCGCAUCGUGCUCGUGUCGUAACGGUGCGUGGCGAGUUGGCGGAGCCUGGUGGCUCCAUCACGGGUGGCGGAAACACGCCGCGCGGGGCGAAGCUGAAGGCAGCACGCUCACCGCAGGACAAGGAGGCUGCACGAGUGGCACUACAGCGGCUUCAGGGGGAGUUGGUGGAGGCAGUCGAAGAGGAGCGUGCGGCACAGGAGCAGUUGCACAAAAUGCGACAGACUCAGCGGCACCUCAGCUCGGAGCAAAUUUCAAAGCUUCGAGUUGAGCUUGGAACACUGCGAGCCACUUUGGAGUCCGAUGCCAAGAAACGCACCGCCUUGCUUCAGGAAAUGGAAGAGAACUCAGCCGGGAGCCAAAGUAGGCGGGAGGCCAUUCUCGAGGAAGUGGACGAGGCAGAGAAGAGUCUGCAGGCCGCAAACAAGUCACGGCUUAAGCACCAAAGCGAUCUAGAGCGGAUUGAACAGGAGAUGGAUGCUGUGGGCGGUGCCGGUUACAAGGCACUCUGUGCGGAACUGAAGUUACAACAAGAACGCAGGGAGGCGGAAGAAAAUGCUAUUCGAGAAUGCCGCCGCCUGUCCCACCGACUUCGUGCAACACAACAACGUAAAAAAAGUGAUAUUGGUGAGCUAGAGGAAGAGCUGAAGCGGAUCAACGAGGAAGCGGCUCAAGGGGCAUCUGGGGCGCUUGCUGCCGCCAUUGCAACCUCAGAGGAAUGGACGCGACGGUACAACGGCGCGAAUGCAAAGUUUGCAAAGGCUCAGUCGGACGUAGAGGAUGUGAAGGCGGCGGUGCCUGUUGCCCACAAGGCCCUCAUCGAGGCGCAGAAGCUGCUAGAUGAUGAGGAGCGGUUCCGCCAGGUGGAAACCGCAAAGAUGGCCGAUGCGCUGCAGGAGUUGGCGAAGUUUGAGCAGAAGAUUGAAGGAUGUGAGGAAAAGAUGCGGGAAAAUGCGGAGUUGUACGGCAUAGAAACGCUGCAGCUGGACGUCAAUUCAGGUACCGACGGGGAUGAAUCAACCGAUGAAGAGGAGGAGAGGGAAGUGGAAAAUGAAGAAUACGAGGAAGAGGAAAGGACAAAACAACGCAAAAAAAACAAGAAUCGUAACAACAACAGGAGGUCGGAGGAGGACGAGGAAGAAUUGCGUCGUCGGCCUGGAAAACAGCAGUCGAAUUGCAUCGAUCUGCGUAACAUGUCGUUCAGACUUUCACCUGAGGAACUGGCGCGAUGUGACUAUGAGCAUUCGGUGCGUCUGGCGAAGUCUCUUAGUGAAGAGACGAAACGAUUGCACAGUGAGAUUGACUUUCGUGCUGUCGCGCUGUGGCAUGAACGCGACGCGGAGCACCGCAAGGGAAAAUCGCACUAUCUCAGCUGCAAGGAGGCAUCCGAUGCGGCGGAGCGGGGACUACUGGAGCUGAAGGAAGAAAGACGCGGUCGGUUUAUGGAAUGUUUUGUGCGUGUACAGGAGCGACUGCGAGAGGUUUACCAGCUGUUGACUCACGGAGGAGACGCCGACUUGGAACUUGUUGAUGUGAAUGAUCCGUUUGAAGGGAUCCAUUUUGUUGUGCGUCCACCGAAGAAGUCAUGGAAGCAGAUAUCGAAUCUUUCCGGAGGGGAAAAGACACUCUCGAGCCUUGCACUCAUCUUUGCUCUGCAUGAUAUUAAGCCAACCCCUAUUUACGUCAUGGAUGAGAUUGAUGCCGCGUUAGACUUCCGUAACGUGUCUAUUGUUGCGAAUUAUUUACUUCGCCAAGCGAGCGGAGCGCAGUUCAUCAUUAUUUCACUACGCAACAACAUGUUUGAAAUGGCCCACCAGCUCGUCGGGGUGUGUAAAGUGAAGGAUGUCACCCGCACAUUGGUGUUGAUGCCGAGGGGAUUUCAGCGGAUGGUAGAGGCCGAACUGCUGCGGCUACAAAGAAAGCGACAGGCGAGUGAUAUGGUCGCGUUUUCCAACGGCGAUGGGGAAAUAUGCAGGGAUGAGGGAGGGGAUGAAGGCAACGAUGAGGCGGAGGGCGGCAACGACGCAAGGAAGCAUACCGCCGAGGCGGCGAAUAACGGAAAGCGAGUAAAGAAAAAGCGCCGUGCGUCAUGA